AUGACUGUUAAAAUCACACGCCUGGGAGCUAAAUUCGGUUCUUCUCCUUCAGUAUCAAUAGAGUAUCUUGAUGAAAAUAAUAAAUAUCAAUAUAAAAGAUUCGAUGUCGCAUUUUCAUACUUUUCAAAUAAAGACGCUCUUUACCAAACAUUUGUGACAGACUACGAAAUGUACUUCAAUAAAGAUUCAAUCGAUCAGAACAAACUUAAGAAAUUCAUUCAAAAUAUUAUAGAGAAAUCACCAAAAUUAGAUUUAGGUAAAGCAAAGAAGGAAGAUAUCGAUCGUUUUAAGGAUCAAAUGAAUAAAGAAUUCGAAAUGAAUGUUAUCAAGCCUGGAGAUCCAGGAUAUCAAGAUGAUGUUCGUGUUGAUUUUGAUGUUAAUCCAAAUGAUGUAAAUGAAGAUUGGGAUUGA